GGUCUGGACCCACCCGUGCGGUUCGGUCCUUCAUUUCGGUCCUGCCCUGAUUAUGCUCAGCUCUAGACACCGGAGUUGGUUGGAACGGAAAUCUCCCAGUAGAAAUACUUCCGGUGCCAGCGUGGGUUUAUUGACGUUCUUUCCUCGACAGGAGACCAAAGAAGUCGAUUCUUGCCCGAUCAUCCGCCGUCAAAAUGGCUGGCACAAGUAGAGGGAUUCCAAGGAAAGAUAAGCCCAGGGGGCGUCAUCAAGGUCUGAAUCAGCGGAAAAGGCAAGAGAUCAAAGAAGCUUUUGAGCUCUUUGAUACAGAUGGCUCUGGAACAAUUGAUGCCAAAGAACUGAAUGUUGCAAUGAGGGCCCUUGGAUUUGAGAUGUCAGAAGAGCAAAUAGAACAGAUGAUUGCUGAUGUGGACAAAGAUGGCAGUGGGGCUAUUGAUUUCGAUGAAUUUGAGCACAUGAUGACUGCAAAGAUCGGUGAAAGGGAUAGCAAGGAGGAGUUAGUGAAAGCCUUUGAUAUUAUUGAUCAUGAUAAAAAUGGAAAAAUAUCUGUAGCUGACAUUCAGCUCAUAGCCAAGGAGUUGGGUGAAAAUUUUACUGAAAAGGAGAUACGAGAGAUGAUUGAUGAAGCUGAUCGUGACCGUGAUGGUGAAGUACAUUUUGAUGAUUUUAUGAGGAUGAUGAAGAAGACUAGCUAUGGGUACUAAGAUUUAAGCAAACACCGUAAAACUGAUUAUUAAUUGUGUUGAGUUUUGCUGUUAUACUUCAUUUGUGUUGGAGUUUCAAAAUGUUUCCGCUUUACUCCAGAUAUCCUUUUAAACCGAUUUUGCCUUAUUGGCAUGGAGAUAAUUGUGUUUCCUUAGUUUACGUGAUGAAAGGAUGCUUUUAAUUAGACGGUUUCAGUCUUAAAAACUAGACGUAAAUAGAUCAAAUCAGACAAUUGUAAAAUACACAUAGUAUAUAUGCAUCUACA